AUGCACACUUCCGUGCUCGGAGAUGAAAAACCUCCAAAAGUGAAUUACACUAUUCCGGGCGUCUUGCACUUCAUCCAGCAUGAGUGGUCAAAGUUCGAAAUGGAAAAAGGGCAAUGGGAAGUGGAGAAAGCGGAGCUACGGGCGAGAAUCGCCUUCCUUCAAGGUGAAAGAAAGGGGCAGGAGAAUUUGAAGAAUGAUUUGGUGAGGCGGAUUAAAAUGUUGGAAUACGCGUUGCAGCAGGAACGGCUCAAAAUGGCACGGCUGUUGCAUGGAACCAACGAUGCGGCAGAGCCAGGAAGCACCAGCACAGCUGAGAUAGCAGAGGUUCCUGCCGAAGACCAGCAGAUCCCGACCGAUGUCGACUCCGUAAUAUAUCAUUCGAAGAGUAACUACAACUGGCGGCAAGGUCGACAGCUCCUUCGACAGUACUUGCAAGAAAUCGGUUACACGGAUACGAUUUUGGACGUUCGUUCUAUGAGAGCUCGUUCCCUUCUUGGAUUGACUAAUGAUGGUCAGGCAAGUAGUCACAGUGGCAGUUCUUCCAGCAAAAAUUUUAACGAUAUGUAUGCCGGCGACGCAGCUUCAGCCCAGGCAUGUCGCGAUUACACAGAGCGGGUGGCAAUGGAUAGUGAACAGUCAGUGCUGGCGACGAUGGAUUUUUUGAAGUCGUCGACUGCGGCAGCCAACACCCCAACGGAGAGCGAGAAGUCACCAACGGAUCUGCUCGACGAGGAAAACGAAAGUGACAGCGGUGAUGAGGACGACUUGCAUCCGAACUCAGCACAUCAAUUUGAGUCUGGAAGGAAAUCUGCUGAUAUGGGAGGUCUAGAGAUUGCCGAGGAGGAGGCGUUGGCCGAGUUCAAGUUCUUCCCGGGGGGCAGCAAUACGACGGAUGAGGCGGAUUCAAAGAGCUCGCGACGCGCGAACGACAUCAAAGAAGGCGACGACUGGACAAAUGUAGACUACAAAGCGGUGAACAAGAAGAAGGCGGAAUUCCAGAAGGAAGUGAUGAGCAAGAAGGACGUGUCACGAAGAGUGCCCAGAACGGAGCUGGAAGCAAUGAUUAAUUUGCUUGGAGCCGAAGAGAAUCAGCCUUCGACCGAUAAAGAAGCUUCCGACGUUUCCCAAAUGCUGCAAGACAUGGACGCCACUCUCGGGCGUCUGGGAUUGGGUGAUUUGGCGAACCUGAGCAACGUCGAUGAAGUUGAUCCGGUCGCCCAUGAUGUUACGGUACGUGCUUAUUCCCAUGAAGAGUCACUGCGAAGAAGCUGGGUGACUCGAUUCACGCUACGCAAUCACCUGGACAGCGUCCGUGCGAUCGCCUUUCAUCCAGUUGAAGCUGUUCUCAUAACCGCGUCUGAGGAUGCGACCAUGAAGCUUUGGAACUUGCAGAAGACGUUGUCUGCCACGUCGUCCAACCAGAACGCCAAGAAAGCUGCAUCGCACGACCUGGAACCUGUGUAUACGUUCCGGGGACAUAGUGGACCAGUCUUGAGCAUGUGCUUAUCGCCGACCGGCGACUACUGCUAUACAGGCAGCUUGGACGGAACUGUUCGAUGCUGGAUGAUGCCUUCGCCGAGCGUUGACCUUUACGAUACGUACGACAAGUCAGUGCUCUCUGAAACGUUCCGCGGUCACUCGGAUGCCGUAUGGUCUGUCGCCUUCCACUCCAGCGACAACCGAUUGAUUAGCGCCAGCGCCGACGGCACUGUCAAAAUUUGGGAACCGUCCGUUGCGCAACCUCUGCUGAAAACGUAUGUUCCUGACAAUCAUGAAGGAAGCGGGGUUCCCACUUCUGUCGACUUCAUGAGCACUGAUCCUCAGCAGGCGGUUGCCGCCUACACAUCCGGCUCAGCAUUCAUCUACGACCUGGAAACCGGUAGAACCGUACUGUCAUUCGACACCGGCGUCGACGAAAAGAACACUACAGCCGCAGCCAUCAACUGCAUUCUCAGCCACCCGACUUUACCCAUGACCAUCACGGCACAUAACGAUAAGACGAUCAGAUUUUUCGACAAUUGUACAGGUAAAAUCAUCGACUUAAUGAAUGCACAUCUGGAUGCUGUCACAUGUCUUUCCGUUGACCCUAACGGAUUAUAUCUGCUAUCCGGAAGUCACGAUGGAUCGCUGAGGCUGUGGAAUUUGGACACGAAGACGUGUCUGCAGGAAAUUACUGCUCAUCGUAAAAAGUUCGACGAAAGCGUAUUCGCGGUAGCGUUCCACGCAUCUCGUCCGCUGAUCGCCUCCGGUGGCGCCGAUGCUCUUACCAAGGUGUUCACACAGUUGUCCGCUUGA